AUGUUCCGUCGCGGCUCCUGCGGUUCCUGCGUGUGGCUGAGAGAUCUGGGGCAAAACCCUUGCUGUGAACGCGCGGGCAGGGGAGCGUCCGGGCCCGCCUGGCUCGUAUCUCCUGUCCUGGGCCCAAGCCAGCGUCGUCAGCGCCUGGAGGAACGCUCAAGCUCCAUCCACAACCCAUCUCUCUCCGCACCCGAGCACCACUCGCCCCAAGCCGCUGCUUGGCCAUCACGCCCGCCGAGUCAUUCGUUACGCUCGCCCGCCGACUCGCCCGGCGCCAUGCUGCUGUCCUCCGCCGUCGCACUCGUCGGCGCCACCGUCGUCGCUGCGCAGGGCGUUGCCGACGCCAAUCUGUACGGCACUUGGUCGUCCAAGUCGAACAAAACGCUGACCGGGCCGGGCUUCUACAACCCGACGAACGACUCGAUGCUUGAGCCUGCCUUGCCAGGCAUCUCCUACUCCUUCACCUCGGACGGCUUCUGGGAGGAGGCCUUAUAUCGCGCCAUCGCGAACCCCACCUCACCACAUUGUCCCAAGGGUAUCAUGCAAUGGCAGCACGGCACUUUCGAGAAGACGUCUGACGGCAAACUACUCCUUACGCCCUUCGAGGACGGCAGACAGCUCCUUUCCGACCCGUGCAAGUACGACACGGGCAUCUACACUAAAUACACGCAGAACGAGACAUUCAAGCAAUACCUCAUCGAGACGGACAAAUACCACAACGUCAAGAAGUUGACCCUCUAUCAAUUCGAUGGCACGCCGGUCAUACCGCUUUACCUCGCCUACACACCCGCAGAGAUGCUCCCGACGUCGAGCCUCACAACCGGUUCCAAGGCCACCUCAACCUCCAAGUCGAGCUCCAAAAUCAAGCGCGCAGACGAAGUCUUCACUCCGCUGAAGCGCAGGAUGUUGGGCCAGAAACCGGAUCACAUCGACGCGGAUCGCUGGUGGUGGUUUGGACUGGGCAUGACGGCGGUCGGAUCAAUCCUCUACUUUUGCUUCUGA